AUGCUAACAGCCCCGACAACUAAAGGGAAAGGCCAAAGCUCCCAGGAGCAGGCCGAAUCUCAACGGCCUAGCCAAGAGAACCCAAACGUAACCCAGCCAUCCGGCAAAGGGAAAACAACCAAGAAGUCUGCCCCCCAGACCAGGAGCGCGACAAAAAUCGUUGUUGCUGAAGGGCCGGCGGAAGGCCCCUCAACCUCCCCCCGCAGCCACGGACAAAAGUCCGAACAGUGGCGAAAUCGCAACCACCAUAGCCCUACUGGGAGACAAAGACGCAAGGAAGGAGCAACGGUUCACCGGGAACCUGGUGUCGGUGACAGAUUGAUCAACCAUCAUGGCGGCCACUAA